CUUGUCCCGGCAUUCUAAAGCCUAGGAUACUGGCACUGACGUCGCUGUUCUCAACAAUCAAAAGCCAACUUUGACUUCAGCAUAGUAGAAUCAUGGGCAUAAAUUCAACCGAUUUCCCUUUCCGAAGCUGAAAAGAGUGUCUAUCUCCAUUACAACAGCUCACCCCCCCAUCCACCACAAUCUUUAUCAACCGAAUCCGAUCUCCCAGUAUCGUUACGAUGAAGCCCACAACCUACCUUCUCGCUCUUUUUGCUUCCGUUGCGAUCGCCGCCCCCACGAGCGUGGAAAGCACCACUGAUGAGCUGAACAAGGAGGCCUGCGAUGCCCAAGAGGACGCGUCUAUCGUUCCUACCCUAUGCAAGCUGAGCACCGCGCUUUGCUGCGGUUCCAAGGGCAAUGAUACCACCUCCCUGGAGUGUGUCGCUCCCUCUACUGCACCCUUAACUAUUGCUGGCUUCGAGGCCUCCUGCCUGGUCACUGGCAAAAAGUACCCGAAAUGCUGCGCUCUCGAUCUCUUUGGACUCGUCGUUUCUUGUGAGAGCAAUGUUCUUUAAGAACAUUAUUAGUCACCAACGAACGAUGCAGAGAAGCUUUUCCUUCCUUCGUCUUGGGAUUUC